AUGCUUCGACGAGCGUUAUGGCGGCUCAUGACACACAGUCAUCCGCCAAAUGCAGGGGCUCCAAGUGCGGCCCAGGAGUGUAUAUGCUCGGCCGCCGCGACGAAGGCGGCGUCAUCGGCAACUGCGUCUCCUGCAGCGAAGGAAACAGCCACCGAGACGGUGACGCAGACGGAGGGCGGCGGCAAAAUGUCCAUCACGAUCCGCUGUGACGCUUCUCGUCGGUCGUCGAAGAUUCCUACCGUCAUCGCGGAACCGGUUAAACGCAUCAUAUUUGUGCGUAGCGGCAAGAGCCUUGCCGAUGUAGAUAUCGGAACCUACGUUACUACGCCUGAUUGGCGCAUUUCCAUUGCACCGGAGGGAGAAGAAGAGUGCUAUAGAGCUGGGAGGCAUGUAGCGGAGAUGGUUGGAGACGAGCCUGUCUACUUUUAUUUUUCUCCCUAUUUGCGUAGUCGGCAAAGUUUUAGACACAUGCUGCGAGGCUACGACGAGUACAGAAGUGAGCAAAAGAUGGAUGGCGAUUCCAUCAUUGGCGUGCGUGAGGAUGUGCGGUUGCGGGACGUGGACAUUGGCCGUUACAAGUCAAAGGAUGAACUUCUUCAGCACCUGCGUGAGCGAGAAGUGUACGGUAGAUUCUACUACCGUUUCCCGUACGGCGAGAGUGGCGCCGACGUGUGCGAUCGUGUGACAAGCUUUCUUGAUGCCUUUCAGCGUGAGCGACUGGACUUUGCGAUGGACACAAACGUUGUCAUUGUGACGCAUGGGCAAACCAUACGCAUGUUUGUAAAGCGCUGGUUCCACUUAACAGUCGACACCUUUCACUUGAUGAAGUCCCCGCCGACUGGAUCUAUUAGCACACUGACACGCCUGCAUCACCGAAGUUGCUUCCGUCUUGACGACCGAUGCGUUGAGGUGAUGAACCUCCCCCUUUCACUCAAUGAGUACAACGGGUACAAGUACCGCAACAAGCAGCUCCUGGGCUCUAUGAGUACUGGUGCGCCGUUCAUGUAA